AUGUGUGUCGCAUUCUGGUCCCUCGACCAUCCAGACUACGCGCUCAUCCUCUGCGCCAAUCGCGACGAGUUCCUCGACCGUCCCACGGCCCCUGCACACUUCCACUCCUUCGAGCCCGUCGCACGCACCGACUCGGCCUCCACCGUGCUCUCCGGCCGCGAUCUGCUCGCCGGUGGGACCUGGAUGGGCCUAUGUCGGGCCGGGCGGCUGGCCCUCCUGACAAAUAUCACCGAGCCGAGCGCAUCCUACCGCUCAUCCCGCGGGCGUCUCGUCUCGUCUUUCUUGCUCGCGCCCGGUGCGCACACUCUCACGGACCACGUCGCGGAGCUCGUGCAGCAGGAGAAGGACACCGCCUAUGCAGGGUUCAACCUCCUGCUUCUCGAGGCUUCCCGUUCACAGAGGAGAGGGCCCUCUAGGCCUCAGCUCGAAUUCGACGCCGUGCUCGUGACCAACGGCGGAGGAGGCGGCGCAUUGUCAGCCCGCGGCCUCACGCCUGCCGAGCGCGCCUGCGGGGGCCUCUCCAAUGGCAUCGACGGGCGCGGCGCGGACGCGUGGCCAAAGGUCGUGCGCGGGACCGCGGCGCUGGAGGGCGUGCUCUCUGAGAUUACGUCGGACACGACGCCGGACGAGCUGACGGAACGGCUUUUCGCGCUGCUGACAUGGCGCGCGGACCCGCCCCCGCACACGCGCGGCGAGCUGCGCAACACAAUCGCCGUCGCGCCGCUGCCGCUCCGGCUCGCGCCGCCCGAGCCGGACCGUGCGUACGGGACGCGCCUCGCGAGCGUCGUGCUCGUGAGGCGCGACGGGUCCGUGCUGUUCGUCGAACGCGACAUGUGGGAGCUC